AUGACAAAUCCGAUGGAGAUAGAUAUCUGUUGGGGACCAGAAGACACGUGGCGCUCAAGUGCUAUGGAAUGUGCUGGGGGAUUUUUCACCGCAGCACAGCAGCAACUGGGAGGCUUUUUGCGCGUAUAUGAAGAAAUCGUAGAUGAGUCUACCGUUAUGCCCAUAACCCUACACGUGUCGGCCAUUUUGGUUAACAAGGGCAAUCCAAAAGGUAUUGAGAGUAUCAACGACCUAUUUAUUCCCAAUCAAAAUAUUAAACUAGUGGUGAAUGAUGGUAACUACCAUGACAAUCUUACAUCAGCGACUGGAUUGUGGGAGGAUGUAGUAGGUCGCUCCUUUAACGGAAGUGGGGACGCUCGUGACACGCUACUUGGUACGAACCCGGACGUUGACGAACAAGCCGAUGCUUGGAUCACUUGGAAUGACUGGACCGUAGCUAAUUCCGAUGUUUUCGACGAGAUACCUAUCGAUCUAAGAUAUAUCAUCGCUCGAGAUGUGUCCAUCAUUGCCACUGACAAGACCAGCGAGUCGAAUGUGGUUUUGCUUCAGCAGUUCUGCGAUUUCUUACAAUCGGAUGACGAUGAUGUGAACGCAGCAAUGCAAAGUGCUCGUUUCCAUAAAUCCUGGGCUUUCUCUUCUCCGUAG